UCAUUUCUCUCGCCAAUCGCGCAGGAUUCGCUGGAACUGUCACAACAACAAUGCGUAAACGUCAGAUAUUUUUAGACGUUUUCUUGUGCGUUUUCUUAACGUUUUUUGGCUCAAUUUUCGCUGAAAAUUCGCUGGAAAACAUGGAAAAACAGCAAGUAGUGCCCGACGUGAUCGAUAAAGUGCCUGGUGAUACCGCUAAGGUGAGUUUUCCAAGCGGUGUAAAAGCUGAAAUGGGAAAUGUUUUGACGCCGACUCAAGUUAAAGAUGCUCCUACAGUGACUUGGUCAGCCGAACCCGAAGCAUUUUACACGCUUUGCAUGACCGAUCCAGAUGCACCAAGUCGUUCUAAUCCCAAGUUUAGAGAAUGGAGACAUUGGCUGGUAGGAAAUAUACCCGGAAGUGACGUAUCCAAAGGCGAAGUUUUGACCGGUUACGUUGGUGCCGGACCACCAAAAGGCAGUGGCUUGCAUCGCUACGUCAUUCUGGUGUACAAACAAAACGGGAAAGUGAAAUUUUCCGAACCCAAGACCUCCAACACUUCCAGCGAAUCGAGGCCCAAGUUCUCCAUAAAGAAACUGGCCAAGAAAUACAAUCUGGAAGAGCCAAUUGCUGGGAAUUUCUUCCAGGCUGAAUGGGACGACUACGUUCCCAAAUUAUACGAACAAUUAAAGGGUUAAAAAGUAUUUUCGUAGUUUCUGUCUUCGAUAUUAGUAGUAUUAGUUUGAUUUCUCAUUUAAUUGUUGUAGGUAUUAUAUUCUGAAGAAAAAUAAAGAUAUUAUUAUC